UUAAAUUUUGAAAUCAGUAAAGCUGUAACAUUAGAAAUGGACUGGGAAACGUCUAUUAAACGAAGAGAUCUUUUUAAUUUUAUACGUUUAAUAAGAUAUUGCGCUAACAUGUGUUCGUUUCAUUUGGAACGCCGCUUCCCUGACAACCUGUAUGAUCUGGGCGUCUUGCUGGAUUUAAUAUUAGAAGUUUUUCUCAAUUUUGUCGUUAUCCAUAUUGUGAUUUUGUACAUGUGCACAAUUUAUUUGAAUUACCACAAUGACGACUUGGAAUUAUUGGUCAGUAGUUUGAUGCAAACAAUUAUUUAUUUAUGGACAAUCAUUGUGAAAUUGUACUUUCGUCGCUUGCGACCAAAAAGGCUGGAGGAUUUAAUUGAUUUUAUAAAUUUAAAGUACAAAACACGUUCUGCCAUUGGAUUUACGUACGUGACUAUGGACGAUAGUUGGCUUAUGUCGGUUAAAUGGACUAAAUGGUAUGCCUAUAGUUGUUUAAUUGGCACCACAUUUUGGCUUAUUUUGCCCAUUGCUUCUGGCGAUCGUAGUCUGCCCUUAGCCUGUUGGUAUCCAUUCGAUUAUAAGCAACCAUUCAUUUAUGAAAUCAUGUAUUUUCUUCAAUCUGUCGGCCAAAUGCAGGCGGCAGCUGCUUAUUCUACCUCGAAUGGAUUUUAUAUGACCGUGUGCAUAUUAAUAUCUGGACAAUAUGAUGUUUUAUUUUGCAGUCUAAAGAAUAUUUUAGCAACUGUUGCUAUAAAUAGAAGACACAAAAUUGAAUUGAGGGAACUCUACGAACUACAAAAAUUUAAUGCACCCGAAAUCAAUGAAUUCUAUUGUUCCAAGGAAAUAACCUGCAAUAUCGAUAUUCUAAUUCGCAAUACAAAAAAUGGAAAACAUCAAGAUUUCCGCUGUCACUUUCGUAAUGCUCUCAAGAAAUGUGUUGAUCAUCAUUGCUACAUUGUGAAGUGUUUAAAUAAAAUGGAAGCUUUCUUCAGUCCAAUAUGGUUUUUCAAAACGGCAGAAAUGAUAUCCCUAUUGUGUUUGUUGGCAUUUGCAUCAGUUAAAACCACCAAUGUUAAUUCAUCUUUAAUGAAGAUUAUACCGUUGGUACAGUAUUUACUGUUGGUCGCCUGGGAACUAUUGAUUAUUUGCUAUUUCGGUGAGGUAGUUUUCAUUAAUAGUCAACGCUGUGGCGAGGCUCUCCUCAGAAGUCCUUGGUACAUUCAUAUGCGUGAAAUGAAAUAUGAUGUUCUAUUAUUUCUACUCAAUUCGAAGAGGUCAUUUCAAUUGACAGCUGGGAAAAUGUAUGCCUUAAAUGUUGAAUGCUUCAAAAGUGUUAUUAAAACAGCAUUCUCCUUACUGACAUUGUUGCAGAAUAUGGAUAAACGUUAAUAAUAAAGAGCACACAGAGAAAUUCGG